UCCGUGAAAAGAGGGGAAAUAAAGCUUUCAACGUAGUGGACUACAGUACAAAGACUGCAGUGGAUUAUUCCCCCCAUGUUCGGUCCUGAGCUGUAGACUAAGCGUAUAAAACCCAGUUAGAGCCGAAAGAAGAGUUUGAAGUCAUGGCGGACGACCGAGGGGACGGGGAACUAGAAGACGAAGUGGAACCGCAAGGCGCUGAGGGUGGAGGAGAUGUCUUUGACGACCCCAUCUUGGAGCAGGGCGUGGUGGUGCUCAGAGGGUACGUGAUAGAGCGUAUUAGCACGGAGGAUCCUGGUCGUCAUGUCGACUCUGUGGAUCUGGGAGGAAGGCCACAUGAACAAGAUGAUCCAGAAGUAAAAGAAGUGGUGGAUCAGCUGCUAAAAAUAGCAGACGAACUGAACAGAAAUGUAGAGUUCCAGCGACUGAUCAACCAGGUUCAGGGAAACUGUGCGAAGGAAGUCUUCAUGAUGGUGGCCAGGAGCAUCUUUAUUGAUGGGAUCAACUGGGGCCGGGUGGUGGCGCUCUUCCAUCUGGCUUAUAGACUCAUAUACAGGGCCCUCACCACCAAUCAUCUGGAGAACAUCAGGAUUGUGAUCAGCUGGGUCCUGCAGGUCAUCAGGGAGCUGCUGUACCCCUGGCUGGUGCAGCAGGGGGGAUGGGUUGGUGUCAUCCAAUGCUUUCCUUGGAGGAACGCAGCCAUUGUUGCUUCAAUUGUUGUCGUAGCAACAUUUGUUUACUACAGAAUGAAACACUGAGAUCUCCAGCUCUCUGCAGGACACUGAUGAGAACACUUCCAGGGGCUUUUACAGUCAUUUCUAUCCAGCAGCCAAUAGGAGGCCAGCUGCUUUAAACUGAGAACAAUCCUCUCCUUCUUCAAGUCUCUCUGACUAAAACUGACUUUCCUUGUCAGCAUCAAUCUCUUCUGUUUUCCUUCACCAGCAACUCUUUGGAGCUACACCAGCAGAUUUUAUAGCUGCCAUGCUGGAGGCAGCUUAACCUGUCAGAUGUGAUGUUAGUUAUCACUGAAUGGACUCUGAGCUCUGAGUCAGAUAAGGGUUUGGUUCUUAGAGGACUCAAAGGAACCUGUAAGUGGCAGGAAAGUGCCUUAAAGUGAUGCUGGCUCUGACUGUGAGCAGUAGAGAUGACACAUCGUCCUACAGCCAGAGGGUCUCUGUUGGUGCAGCAGGGUACUUUACCUGCUGCUCAGUUCGUUCUGUCAGGAGCUGGAAGAAACACCAAAGAUUAGUGUUGAAUGUCUCGGGGAUCUUUUUUAAUGAAGAUGUUUUAUUCAUGAACAGAACCCAUGUAAGGUUUGGGUAUGUGCCAAAGCGGUUCCAGGUCCUCUGCAGAUCCGUCUUCUGCUGACACUCCAGACAUGUUUUCUGUUGCAGAUGAGAUCCUAAACGUUUAAUAUAGGAGUUGAUCUGAGAGUUGAACGGCAAACACAGAUCGUUUCACCAUGGAGUCCAGUGGAAGGACGGGAUCUGGGCUCAUGUGCUGAGAUUAGGGGUUGAACGACUACAUAUUUUUUAAGGUCGACUACAUCAUGAUAAUAGUCGAGUCGAUGUCGAGUAGUCGCGGUGACGUCAUAGUGACGUAAGCGCAAAAAUCCUUCACAACUACUUGGAGGCUUUAUUAGCUAUUUUCACGGCAAAUAUUGACACCCCCCCCCCCCCCACACACACACACACACACACACACACUCCCCUUCUCCUGCUUUUACUAAGUCUAUUAUGGAGAAUUAAAAGAGCAAUAAACAGAUCAUUCUUCCUGAGCAGCGGGGAAAAUGUUGUUGCACAAAGUCGGGUCUGACUGUUUUUUUCUAAACACCGGCUGAUGCUGAUGAUCUCUGGAUAGUUACUAUAGGAGUCAAAUGAUCACACUGACUACAUGGUGCUUUUGGAACAUCACAAGCCAAACUUGUUAUGAACGGAUCCCGUUUGGUUACAGCUGAAUUCAACGAAACCACCUGCUUCUCCUCCGCCCGAUGCGCGGCAGGAAGCUCUGCUGACUCAGCAGAUUGAACGAUUUAAGAUAUUUUCUAGUCAACGUCAACAUGAUAAAAGUCGAGUCGAUGUCGAGUUCAUAAUGUAAAAUAAUAAUAAUGUUCAUAAUGUAUUAGUUAGAUCGUCGUGACAAAGACACUCGCGAGCCGGCUAAGUGACAUCCUUAGCGGGAAGGGGGCGAGUUUUAGACGGCUCGUGUUUUGUAGUCGACUGCAGCUGCAACUCCAUCUCCUUUUAAAAACACUGUAAAACCACAAAUAUGCAUCCAUCUACAUAUCAUUUAAACUAAUGUAUUAACUUAUUUUUCUUGUGUCUUGUGACGUAUACUGUGCUGUCAGAUCAGCACAGGCUGUCACAUGACUGCGACUAGUCGACAUGAAGUGUAAAAACUCGCGAGACGUCCUAGAGUCGACUAGUCGACUAAUUGGUUCAACCCCUAGCUGACAUUAGUUUUAACUGCAGCCUGCAGCAGAAAUAAUGUUCAGUGAUUGGAGGAUUCCUGCUAACUGCCUCUCUGGAACCUUACCCUGCCAGGUUACCACACAGCCCUUUGAAAAUGCCAGGCUUUAUGACAGGAGGACGCUAAAGGAUUGCAGCAAGUACGUUACAUAAACGUGCACAAUGUUAAGUUUAUUGAACCACCUUUUGAUUCCAACCCUGUAGGCUGGGCCAUAUGGAUUUCCAGUUUUGUCACAAUAUUUAAUUGUGCUAUUGUGACAAUGAUAAAAGUCGUAAUAAAACCUAAUUAUUAUUAUUUCUUUCUUAGGUGACUGUCUGUAUCAGCAAUACCAGCCCCACAAGCACAAAUAUACUCCUAUUACAUUUGUAAUAGGACACAAGUCAUAGAAUCAAUCAGUCAAUCAAUUUAUUUAUUUAUGAAGCACCCUUCAUACUAAAAGCAGCUCAAGGGGCUGCAUAAAUAAAUAAAAAUAAACCCACAAAUAAAAAACCUGUUGGUGUCCCCCUCAUAGAAAAACUCACAACUGUCUGGAAAAUGUAUGAAGGUUAAUAAAGAAGCAUGUUUUGUAGAACUAGACUGCACUCAGUAACUGGAUUUAAUCAUUUACAUUUUUUAUAUUUUUUGAAAAAACAGUGGAGAAAUUAGUAAAACAUUUGGGGGCUUUAAACAUUAAAUGGUAUUUAUCACGACAGUAAAUCAAAUUUCUUAUGAUUUUUACAAAAAAUUAAAAGUUGGUUCAACAAAGUCUUGCACAAGAAAUGACACAUGAAGUCUUAAACAGGUAUUAUCAAAUACUGUAAGGAAGUUUUAUUUGAUGCCUUUUUUUGUACCUGGAUCUCCAUCCAGGUUCAAGGUUCCACUGUGAACUGUUUAGAUAACACACCACUGUGAGUUAGUGGUGUCCCAACUUUGUCACAUGGGCCAAAAUCAUCAAGUAUUCAUCUUUAACAAAACCUAAAACAACCAAAAUGAAAGAAGUGCAGCGUACAAAUUGUUUUGGAUUUAGUUGGAGAAACAACUUGCUGUAUUGCAGUCAAUUGAUUUAAUAAAAUUGGGUUGACCAGAUUUGGCACCAGGUAAAUAUGGCCCUGUUUACUAUGCAAUUAAAGACAAUGCAAAAUUAGUGCUUUAUUAAAAACAAAACACAAGUAAAUUCAAGGAUUUAAAGUAGUUGGCAAUAUCAAUAAAACAUAAAACAACUCAAAACAGUCCUGGCUCUGUAAGCAGUCCCUGGAAUCAGCAAGGCAGUCCAGUCUUUUACUAAUGUUAUUACCCAGCAACAAGUCAGCACCAGGCAGUCACCAAACCCCCAGAACCACUGAUACAAGUGAGGCCGGCCUGCAGCUUAGCAUCUUGGUGCCAACAGUCCACAGCUUAGUUGCUCAGUAUUACAGCAAAGUCUUUCUUUUUUUCUGUUUGUCUCACUUUAAGCUGAAAUUAGGGAUGAACUGAUUUACCAGUGGCGAUUUCUUUAAUUUUGGGAGAUCAGUGAUCGGCUAAUUUUUACAUGUGAUACUGAUCUUAUCUACCUCAACAAAGGUCUAAAAGUCAACCACUGUCUUCAGCUCUCAUCCCCUGUCUGCAUGUUUACAGUUAACAAUUCAGCAACUUUCUUGCUGUAUUUAGCAACACUUCUGACAAAAAACAUUAGUAUUGGCUAAAUAAGAAUUGGCAGGUCAGGCUUUUUAAAAGAUCAGUGAACGGCCAGAAAACUGCAAUUGGUGCAGCCCUAACUGAAAUGUUUCAGAGAACAACCUGAAUCCUGAGAGGCUUCCAGCAUUAUAUAAAGCAUGUAGCCAAAAAAUGAAAUCACCAGAUGACUACUUGGGUUUACAUCAGUGUAUAUUGCUAUUUUAUGCAGAACACUUUCUUAGCUUUAUUUCCACCACGUUUCUUUAAGCCACUUUUUUUUUUUUUUUUCUCAUUUCUGCACCAGUGCAAACCUACAUGCAGACCAGUGAUGUCUAAAUGAUUUGAUUUGCUGGAAUGGCCUGUCCUCAAGGCCCACAGCAGGGGGCGACAGUGUUCCAUCUGAUUGUCUGAAGGUCAGCAGCCCUGGAGGACGUCCUCAUAGUGCUAGACUGCACAAGCUGGAUCUGGAAUACUGAGGGGGUCACAUUGUGGCUUGCAUGGGGUCAGGUAGUGGGGUGUGUAAGUGUCUCGGCUACAAAGUGAUGUGAUCAUAUAAAGGCAUCAUUGAGGGCCUUUUGCCAAUAUGGAAGGCUGCUGCUUGAUGUGGCCUGGUGAGCUGCAGUCACCUUCAGACUUUUGGAUGGUUUAGACCAGGGCUCCUCAAACCCAGGCUUCAAGGGUCAGUGUCCUCAUCUUUUAGAUGUGUCCCUGGUCUAACGCCUGAAUUAAUGUACUGAAAUGCUUCCUCAGUAUAUAGUCAAGUUCUUUAGGGUCCUGCUGAUGACCUCAUUAUUUGACUUGGUGUGUCGAAGCAGAGACAUCGGCUCUCGAGGCCUGGAGACCCCUGGUCCAGACUGACUGCUUUACAACAUGUAGUUGUAGUUUCUCCCAUGAAGCCACAGAUCCAUUCCUACCUGCUGCUCUGCAUGUGGCUCCAGUCAGAUUUCACUCCUGAAUGUUUCACUGUUGGAAAGUUUAAAAUAUUUAUAUGUGUAUUUAAGUACAUAGGGGGUAGAGGUGUAAUGAAUAGUUUUAUCUUUAAUACUAUGAAGGAAAAUGUUAUUUGUUCAAAUUAUAAGGUUUUAGCCUGUACUGGGAUGAGUGCCUUACAUGGCCCUCUAGGGGCCCCUGGCUAACCUGGGAUCUGUUUUCUUCCUUCGGACUUUUCUGUAUUCGUCCAACCAGAUUGAAGCUUUGUUAAGUUUUUUCCAUUCUAUUCAGUGGUGAGUUUGGUUGCAAUGUUACCUAAUAUGAAAUAAUUGGAUAAUUCUAUGAAUAAAUAUAACAUGCACUGUGAAUCUUGAGUAUGUAUUAAUGGAAUAUUUCCUUAGUCACAGAUUUAAUGCAUUUGUUUAUUUACUAAUAUCAGCUAUGAUAUAAAUGUUGACAGGUUUCUUUAAAGAAAAUGAAUUUUUUGUCAACCUAUAAAAAUCUGCAGUUUGGUUUUUCCCUGUAGCUGUGUUACUUCCAAAUCUGUAGCAAUAGACCUACCAGUGGUCCCCAAAGUGGGUCCUGGAGGGCCGCCUGGCAUGUCUCCCUGGUUUAACACCUGGAUCAAAUGAUGGCUCGUUAGAAGGUCUAAGAAGAACAUUGACAAGCUGAAAAUGUUGUUGGUGCCACCAGGGAGAGAAAUAAAAUGUGCAGGAUGUUGACCCUCAAGGACCCACUUUGAGCACCCCUGACCUAAACUAUCAACUUUAGGUCUACAGCAGGGGCAUCAAACUCCAGUCCUUGAGGGUCACUGUCCUGCAGUUUUUAGAUGUGCCACAGGUACGAAACGCUGGAAUGAAAUGGCUUAAUUACCUCCUCCUUGUGCAGACCAGUUUUCCAGAGCCUUAAUGACCUAAUUAUUUUUAUUCAGGUGUGGUGCAACAGAGGCACAUCUAAAAGUUAAUAGUGGCCCUCCAGGACUGGACUUUGACACCUGUGGUCUAUACUACAGUAUAUCAUGUGUGUUGUAAUGAUAUCCUUAAAAACUCAAAUCAGAAAUGUUUAUUUUGAGAGCCUUCUGGGGAAUAAAUCCAUGUUAAA